AUGAGGACGAUAGUUUUACAAGAAAACGUUCUGCAUCUCCAGAUGAAUAUUCUGAAGAACACUUGCGGCUUUUACUCAGGAUACCGAAAAGAACAAAAGGUUUUAGUAUUAGGAAAGGAACUUUUUAUUUAUUCUUUGUUCAACUCUCAGAACAAACUUUUUCCUGUUGAGUCAACGUCCAAGGAUAGUCCACUGGGAGUAUUUUCUGUGUUGCCACCGGCUUUGCGGACGAAAAUUCUCCAUCAGUGCUCUCGUGAGAGUUUUUUUGAACUUAUAGAGAAAAAAAUUUAAAUUUUUCUGAAAAUUACCAAUUUUUCAACAAACUCUCGAUUUAGUAUAUUCCCUCUCAUUCUUGGCUCAAACGUCUACAGCCUGGUCAAAUGUAUUGAAAAAUUACGUUGCAUCUCCGGUUUUCGCUCGGCGGUUUCAAAGAGACUAUUUGAGAAGGAAGCGAUUUAUCGCUCUACAAGUGGAUCCUUUUUUUGGAUGCGGUAAGAAUAUUUUCUCAUUUGAAGGCGCAGGUCCUGAUAUUAUUUCAAUUUUUGCUCAGAUUUUUAAAAGUCUUGUAAAAAUAUAGCUAAUUCAUGGCUGACUUGAUCCAUCAAAAAAAGGUCCCGACACGAUAAUGUAAGAGAUAGGGUCUGGUUGGUGGAGAGCGCAGACACGAAAAGGACCUUUUUCUUGAACAUGAAAAUCCUUAUCUCUUUUUUUAUCUUCAAGAUUUUUCGAAUAUGGAUGUAUCACAUAAAAUAAAAACGUUCUAUAUCUUUAAGAACAAAAACAUUUUUCUUCUGGAAUUAUUAUAUAGUUUGAUUCCAAUUUUUUUUAUCCAGGAUUGCUCGUGAAGUCGAUAACAAUCGAGUUCUCGACCUCAAUCAGAGCCGCCAUUCUGCUGAACAUUUGCCGAAACUUGCACUCAUUUCUUGGAAAAUUGACCGGUUUCGGUCGGAUUAUUGACGCGGUAUUUGGAAAUCUGCAAUCAAUCUCAAGAAAAACUGAACUUUAUUGAAGUUAACGAAGCAAUGGACGUUUUCCGAACGGCGAUAUGUGUUGAAAGCGGCGAUUCUUUUCAAUCCCAGUCUUCGGAUUUAUUUGAGGACCGUUUUGUUGGAACCUCCGGGCGUUCAUCCCAAAAUGGAGAUUCAGGUUAUUUUGUUUUGUAUCGGAAAAUAAAAUUCCAGGUUGCGACAGAGUUUUUUUUCAUUAUUUUUCGACUUAUUAAAGCGGAAAUAAUCUAGUUAGGGAUUUUUCUUGAUUCUUCUAUUUUUUUGGAAUUAUCUAUUGAGACGGUUUGAAAAAAUGUUUAUUUCAAUAUUAGCUUUCAAAAAAAAGUUCAUUGAAAGAAGGCUAAAAGGCAAGUGUAAAAAUUUGAAAAAAAAAAAACAUUUUUGGCUUAACUUGAGCUUGUAAGUUUCGAAUAAAACCAUUUAAAAGAUCAUGGAUGAAGUAAUUUUAUUGACAUAAUCUCUGUUCAGCUGUGAACACUUUUAAGUUUUGAAAUGGCAUUUUUUCAAGCUUCAGAGUCGAGAAAAUUCUACAAAUAUUAUCUGUAAAACCGUUAAAAUCUCAUCAAUUCGUUAAAAUCCGAAAUAUAAGAGAAAACGCUCUUGAAAAUAAUACACCUUUUAAAAAGUAAAAUAUACUUUUCAUAAUAAUCAACUUCAGAUCCGCGAGGACCUCCGCGAAUUAUUUCUGACGGGUCCAUUUGGCCCCGGAACCUACGACUCCGAGUGUGAACAAGGCGCUGCGAUUUCAAUCCUCAUCCGAAAUUUCAAGAUUCAGUUUCAAGUCCGCGUCUUCUACAUGCUCUUUGGACCCAUCAAAGAUGGUUUUUUCUAUAAAAAUCAUAAUGCAGAAAGACGAAGUUUUAAGGAAAUUUUUUAAAAUUUUUCUGACGCGCCCUGAUUUCUUAAUAGAGAUAACAUUCACAUAUUUUACCUUCGAUAAUUUUGUCCCCUUUCGUCAAAAGUUCAUUCAAAUGCUCAACUUUUGUCUUUUUGCCACACCUGUGAAAAAUAAAAACAAUUUUCAUGUUCAGGUAAGAUCUCAUGGGAGGAGUUUCACGAGCCGAGUCAGGAGGACACUGAAAACGCACCGAAUCCAGUCAGCCGACUUCGCUUUUUCGACACCAAAACCCGCAGUUGUUUGCGGGACAUCAUAAGAGCUUUCGACCGUUUGCUCCUAUGCAACGCUCGAAUUUUCGAAAAGUACGUCGUCUGGACCGACAAAGACGUCUACACCCUCUUCACGCGCUUGCAAAGUUUAUUUUUAGACUGCUUUUUAGUGUCUUUGAAAAAUAUUCAUUGGUAAAAUGUUAAAAAAAUCCUAGCGAAAUUUAGAGAAUACUUUUGAAAAACAAGAUGCACUUCUGUGCACUAUAUUUUUCACGAGAAAUUUUUUUGGUAUGCGUCUUUUUUUUUUUUGGCCACAUAUUCAGCUUUAUCAACACGGUUCAGGUUCAAAGAAGAUUUAAUCAAGUGGAAGAAAUUUUUUGAUCUUGACGCUUCAGAACAACUAUUGAAUGUUAAUGGAAAUUUAAGUCCAAAAAGUGGUUUGUAAUUUUUCACAAAUUACAGUGACUCUAGAACUAUGAACUUUAUGAAAAAUAACCUACUUGAAAGAAGAAAUUCAGAAGUUGGGGUGAGUUAUUGGGACGAUACGGCGGUGGUCAUGGCGAUGGCGAUGAAUCCAGACGGCCUGCUGCGACAGUUUCUCCUGCGAAGCUGCAGUCGCAGCUGCGAACACUACGAAGAACGCACCAAAGACGCGGCUCUCAUCAUUGCUCAUGUUCGAUGGGUUUUAGUACCUCUAGUUGAUCGUAUAUCACGAAAAGGGUUGCAGUUCAUGUUUUUGUGGAAAAGAGAUCCGUCGGAUGAGUUAGGCCGGGUUCUCCGCGACGUGUUCCGCUUCAUCCGACGGCAAGGCGGACGCCAAGACGACGCGUGUGCUCGAUUUCUGGACAAGAUUUGGAAUGCUUAUCAUCUUCGCGUUACCAACUUCUUUGCGGACAAAUCGGGUAAGCAUUUUUCUUGUCGAUUUUUGAAGUGAGUUGCAUAUUCUUUAGGUAGAAUCAUAAAGAAAAUUAAUUUUAGCAGGAGUGAAAAUAGUUUCAGAAUAUCCUAAGGAUCAAGCAGCCAGACUUUGAGAAUCUUCCGAAAAUUUGCUGGAAAAUAUAGGCCGUUCCCUGAACGUUUUCGAAACCUGGAAGUUUGUGAAUUACCAUAUACGUGACCAGAAAGCGAGUUUUGAAAGAUUUUGAGGGUUCGAAACUCGAAUAAAUCGCGAAAUAGUAUCUGAAAAGCUUUUUUUUUCGAAUCGAAUUCAGGAUACUUCAAAGUAGUGAAUUUUCAACAGACUCAAAGCAUUUCUUUUUCACUGACCGUGUCAGAAUUUUCAAAUUUUCCUGCUCCGAGUGAAGUUGAGAAAAAAGCUAAAGUAUUUUAAUUCGGAUAUUCAUAAAAAUAUUUUUUUUUGCAGUUCACGCUCAAACGAUGACGAAGAUUGAAAUGGAAUCGCAGCGAUCUCUCAGCGAACUUUUAUCGGAGUUUGUGGAGGAAGCCGAUGCCAUUUAAUAUUUCUUAUUAAUCAAUUGUAGAGAUAAAUUUGCAAUAUUUCAUCUCGUAUAGCACUGAUUCGUUUUUCUUUUAAAAUUGCCUGUGAAUGUGAUUUUUUUUUUCUGUGAAUAUUGUCACUUGUUUUGUGUUUCUGUUGAUUUUUUGUUGUUUUUCUUACAUAAAUUGAUUGCGAUUAGUUAUUAUUUACAUUUCUAAUGGUUUCGCCUUUAAUUAUUGGGAAAAAAAGAAGUUGUUCAGCUUAUACGAAUUAGAAAGCAUGCGGAAGCUCAUUGUAAGUAUAUAUUUUUGAAUCCGAGCCUUGGUAUUCUUGAGAAAAGUUUAUAAAAAAAGUCUUCAAACAAUUUUUUUCACUAUGUUUUUGAGCUACGGUAUUCCAUUUUUCUGUGCGCAUCGUCACGACGAAAAGCGGGAUUUCAAGUUUAAAUAAUUUUUUUUCUAUUUUUUAAUAUCAUUUUUGAAUCAACUCUGAUGCCAAUUCACAGUUCGAUAUACGAAGGAUCAAAGGCUUCUGUUUUCAUUCGUUUUUUUUAAAUCCCAUAUUUUCGAAAAGAGGGGAUUUUUUUAAAUUUCACUUCUUACCUUCACUUUAUUUUUUAAUUUUCUUGAUCUGUUAAUCAAUUUAUUGAAUCAAGAAUUUAAGGGUUUCCUGUUUUAUGAAAUUGAGCUUGUUAGCUCGAGUCUUGAUCCGUGGUCCGGACGGAAGAGCUGUUUGGCGCGAAGUCAGUGAAAAUCGGCUUCCAAAAGGGGGCAAAACUCUAUCCUUCCGAUCGGUAAUAUACCAUUCUGAGUUUAUUGCUAUAUAUUCAUUUAAUCAACUGUUUUGUGUGGUAUGAGGAUAAUAGUGGUAAUAUUGCUUGGUUUUCUUUUUGCAUAUUUACCAUUUCAUACUUUAUAAAGAGGAUUAGAAAGAAAGCUUUUUUAAACGUUUAUUGUCAGAAUUUACAUCUUCAAGGUUUUUAUCAAAUACUGUUCGCAGUUAUCUUGAAGAAAUCUCUUUUUCAGCUGGUGUACACCAAAGAUCGCAAAUAUUUUGCAAAAGUGCGUAAACAAUUUUUUGCUGACCGGCCACUUUUAUUCUGUUUUGUUGCUCUCGUUUCUUCGAAUUGACAAUUUCCCCAACAAAAAUGGAAAAUCUCUUGUUUUUUUUUUUGAAUCAAAAUGCCACUCUUUUGAUGUUUUUUUAAAUGAUUGAGUUGAAUGUUUUGAGAAAUGUUUUCUACAACGACUCGAGCGUUCCGAAAAUCUUUCCAACCGAUUUUUGCAUCAUCGAUAUUAGAAUCUAACGGUUAGAUUUUGAUUUGAUACUUUCUUAGUUAAUUUUAGGCCUCGGUAGAUUUUAAAAUUAGCUUUCUAAUUUUUUAAAAGAGAAAGUUUGGAAUAUAAACGUAUUAUCUAGGUAAAAAUUCUUGCGGUAGUGCUUAUUGAAAAAUUCUUUUGAAGCGAAAAGGUCUUUUUAGUUUCGUUUUGAAUAUACGAUAGUUUUGCCAAAACAAGGAUUUUUUAAACACUCUGGAUAAUGAUAAUUAUUUUUUUAAUGGUGAAACGAAACAUGUUCGUUACUUGAUUUUCGGUAUGGUUGCGAUACAUGUUUCAUUUCUCCAUAAAAUAAACCAUAAAUUUUUAUAGAUUCAGUUUCUUUGUCCCUCAAAGAAAUUUUCGAGCUUUCAGAACUCUCUGAUCGGCUUCACAGGAGUUCUUGCCGUCUUCUGCUACGCCCAUUUUCAGAACGAAAUCAACCCCGAUUCCACGUGGGCCAGUGAGUUUUCCCCCACUGAAUAUUGAUUGAAAUUGAAUGGUUUUCAGAAUACUAUCGAUCAAUAGUUCAAGAUCCGUUCAGAUGGCUGGAGAACAAGGAUCAGACGCCGAUAAGCCCCGACCACUCACUGCCAGUGAGGUAAAUGUUUGAAGCUAUUUAUUAACGGAUGAAUCAAAGGCUGUUUUGAUAUGUUUAGAGCAAACUACAAAAAAAAAAUCUAGAUUCAUGUUGGGAAAAUAAUAAAAAAGGCUUGAAAGAAACAUUUUUUUGCAUGACCUGCAUGGACUUCAUAAAACCCGUAAAAUAGUUUUGAAAAAUGGUAUGGUAAUCAUUUUUCUAUCACUAAUAAUCCAAAAGCCCUCUGAACAACUAACAGCGCUUCCUUUAUAAUCAUAUUUAACUUUUUUUUUUCCUGCUUUUCUCUCUACUUUUUCAAAGGAAUAUAAUCUUAAAAGGGAAGUUCAAGAUAAAGAUUUUCGUUUCGAAGAGCUUUACUUUGCAUGUUUCACUGUAUGUACAUGAAUUUUCAUAAUAAUUACUAUUUGUAUGACAAAUUAUACUGUUAGAUUCGAAACUUCGGAAGAUAGAGAGCGUUUAAAAAUGAGAGGACGCUUUUUUUAUUCUCUGAACGCCCUUGUUCACCUGUACUCUGAAAUGAAUUUCAAAAAUUGUUCAUCUGAAAUCCUCAUGUUCGUUUAGCGAUCAGAUUCCUUGAAAAUCGUUCUGUGUUUGAGGUAAACAACACGGAUUCUCAAUCACCACGGAAAAAGCCGAAUAAAAAGGGGAACUAUCGGUGUCCAAAAUGCGGCGUCACCUACACGCGUUACACCUCAUUGUGUCGCCACAUCGCGACGGCUCAUGCCGGCGGCCAUUUCUGCAAACUAUGCAAGGAUACGGUUCCGCUGACGCAAACCGUCAAGAAGCACAUGGCGAUGAAGCACGGACUGAAAAGCGUGGCCACUUGCACCUGCUGCCACUGGACCUUCGUCGACAAGACGGGAAUGGCGGCCCACAUGAUGUGUCUCAGCCAAGGCGGCCAUCCCGGCGUCUCCAUCGUCAUCGCCGUCAGCACGCACAAGCCCGGGUCUCUCCUUCAAGGAAAGGACUUCCCCGUAGAGGAGAUGUCCUCGACCAAAAGAAAGCGCCGAGUCUGUAACUUUCUGCAGGGUCCUUCGAAAGGUAAAUGGCGAGAAAGCUGCAAAACACAAGCCAGCGAAAGAAUUGCUUGCGAUCUUCAUGCUUGUCGCGCUCGACCGAUAACGCCACGGAAAGAAAUCCUUUAAAAAACCAGGAAAACUCGGAGAGACCAAAGAACAGAAAAAAAUAUAUAUAUGAAAAAUCCUGAAAGCAAGUUUUUUUCUGCUUUUAUUUCGCAUCGGCAAUUUUUUUGCUAGCUUUUUCCGCGCAGCUUUUUUUUCUUGAUAGCUUUUUGUCAAAACUAGAGAGACAUGUUCCAAAAAACCAUGAGCUAAAAACGUUUGAAGAUUUUUCCCAUCCAAGUUCAUUUUGGAAAGAAAAUUUUGAUCGGUCAAUAUAAAUAUUUGAAGAAAAAUUGGGAACCUAUCAGGCAUUUGUAUCUAUUAAUUGUACCAAUAAAGAGCAUUAUGCGGGUUUUGUUGAGUGUCUCACUAAUUUUGACUCGUCCUUCAGUUCCUAAACCCUAUUUUUAUGUAGAAGGAGGAGAGCCAAGUUUCAAGAAAAGGAAAACCCGGGCCGCAUCCGUGAAAGAAGAAUCUCGUCUCACAAACACAGAGUCGAUUCUCACGGACACCUACGGCGAUCCUGACCCUUCUAACUUCAAAAUCAAAGAAGAGCUCGUCGACGAGGAAGAGGAUACUGAAGAGGACGAAGAAGAAGAAGAAGAAGACUCUGGAGAGGAAGAAGAAAUGUCAGAAUCCGACACUGACGAUGAUGACGCUAGGGAAGACAAGAAGGAUAAAGACUACGAGUACGAGAGUUCAUCUGAAGAAGAUGAAGAAGAGUUCGUCGAAAAAGUUUUUCCUGUCGGUCAUAAUACCAGAAAGGCCUAUUUUAAGCGGGAAUCCACUUGAAAUUUCACCACUUCCGUAUUAAUUUAACAAAAGCCCAUGAAUUUUCUUUUUGGUACAUUUUAUUGCUUGUUACAUGCACUGUUUUUUCAACGAUUUAAAGUGUCCGACAAAAAAACUGCUUCGGUAGCACCUUUUAAUUAACAGAAAUUGGUUUGCAUCGGCAAAAUAUCUUGAAUCGAUUCUCACUUUGAAGCUUCAAAUCGUUGAGAAUAUAGUAUUAAUCAUUUUUUCUGCACUUAUGCGGGUUUUCUCAUGCGUUUUUAUUUUCAUUUCCUCACUUUCCAAAAUUUUUAUCAUGUCAUUUCUAACUUGGAGUUCACAGGUGUGUAAACCGGUUCAAUUUUCUGAUCUCGCUCAUUGAAAUCUUUCACGACGUUUUGCACUUAUCAUUUUUCACAUUUUCGGACCGUUUUAUAUUUUUAUGUCGAAUGAAAGAAUGAAAUUUGUGCUACUCGAAAUUUAAUCAGAAUCAAGGUCUUUGGUUCAAUUUCUUUUGAGGUUCACCAAGCCUUUUAUACCUCCAAAAAAAAGGCUGAACUCAGUGGAAAGCCUAAAGCUGAAAACCAUUGAUUUUAUGUUGUGUUCAAAGAAAUUUCCGGAAUGCAAAACUAUCUCUGACUCUCCAAAAUUUACUUAUCUUUUUCUUUCUCUGACGGCUGAUUCGGAAUUACUUUGAACACGGCAUUUUAAGUUUCUUGAGUGUGAAAAAAGUACUUCUAUGCUAUGAUAACUCAAGUUUUUUUUUAAAAUAAGACUUUUAACGUAAAGAAUAAAUGUUUUAUAGUUUGGAAACUAACAAUUAAAGCUUGAAAAUUCCUGAUAUAUGAAAAUCUGUAUAGAUUUUUAAUAUUUUUUUCAAAGGUAAAUGAACUGGUCAAAGAACCGUCGCCGGAAACCAACGGCUUCUACUUCCAACAGACCAUGUACCGUAUCAAGGAUCCGAGGAAAUCGCUGCCGUUUUAUACCAACGUCCUUGGAAUGAGGUAAAAAGGGGAUAGAAUUGAGAGCAAAUUUAGUUUCAAGAAACAUGAUUCGAAUCGAAAUCUUGGUAAAAGAGACCAUUCAGUUGAAAGUUUCCUUUAGAAUAUAUGUGAAGUUUUUCAAUUUUUCAAUUUUCAUUUCUUUUUUUGGGUACGAAAAUGAAGUUUUUUUAUUUUUUUAAAAUAUAUGAAAAAUUUUUCUUCUAAAUUCUCCAAUCUGACGGUUUUCAAUUGAUUUUUUUAAUGUUUUGUACAACGCGUAUUUUUUGCUUCGUAAAGUAGAAUAUAAGCUAGAAUAGAAAGAGAAAAAUAUUUACUUUGCCUUCCAGGCUCCUGAAACAAUUGGACUACGAAUCUGGAAAAUUCUCCCUGUUCUUCAUGGGCUAUAAAGACGCUGGAGAAAUCCCGAAGGACGAUUCUGAACGGGCUCGAUUUGCUCUCAGCACUCAUUCCACUAUCGAACUCACUCAGUUUGUUCAAUUUCAUCAUUUUCUUGAUGAAUUUCGGGAUUUACAGUAACUGGGGCACGGAAAAUGACCCGAACUUGAAACAUCACAACGGCAACAAGGAUCCUAAAGGAUAUGGUUAGUUUUUGUUUGCGCAUGAAAACGCUAUAACCAUUAUAAAAUGAAAUGUAGACGUGUAAUAUCGGAAUUAUUUCAUUGUGAGGUUUUUUGAGGGUUUUCGUCAAUUUAUAGUUUCUCACGGUAAUAAAAUAAUGUUGCUAAAUGAUAGAACUAAAAAGCAACAAAACAGCUUUUUUUUCAAUAUUUUUCCGUGUUUCUUCUUAACUUCGAGUUUCCCGCCAAAAAAGCCGCGUCGCGUACGCAACGCAUAACCCUUGCUGAUCUACCCAUCUCGCCUUUCAAGUCGGAAAAAAACAGGCCAAAAGAAGAGAGUUCCUCGCAGGUCACAUCGGAAUCCAUGUCCCCGACGUCGAAGAGGCUUGCGCCAGAUUCGAGAAGCUGGGCGUCGAGUUCAUCAAGAAGCCGCAGGAAGGAUCGAUGAAAGGCCUGGCUUUCAUCCAGGACCCCGACGGCUACUGGAUCGAGAUCUUCAACGCCAAAAACGUCGCCUGA